AUGUUUGUGAUCAUCUCAGAGCCAGAAGGGAUUUGAAAGCAGCCUAUGUGGUGCCUGUGACCAUCCUUCUGGUCUAUAGGAAAUUGUUUGCAGGAGCGGGACAGAAGAGGGUGUAAGGCCCUUAUCACAGUUGAGUUGUUUGGGCUGGUGAAAGGUCUCCACAUAAAUAGUAGCAGCAGAGCCCUUACCAUCGGAACUGCCUGUGCUUCUUUUGGGGGAACAACAAGAUAGAAGAGUCUUGGGGAGAAUUCGCCUGACCCCAUAGUUCAGAACUCAAGAGGGCAGCCAGCUGAAGAAAUUAUUUCGCUGUGCUCCUGUAUCUUCACCUGCCAAACCACAUCCCAAAGGAUGUGGCUAGAUCUCAGAUGACUUCUAAGGUGCUAUGAUUGGCCCAGAAGACUUCAUGUGGUUGAUUGCCCUGAUUGAUUUUGAAUACUGAAGUAACUUUGCAUCCCUGGAAUAACCCCAAUUGGAUGCUCCAGGAUGAAACGCCAGAGAACUCUAAGCAGUAGUGACAGUUCAGAUGAAUGUCCGUCCACUUCAUUUACUCCUAGUUCAGUGUAUAGGAGUAGAUCAAAGAUCCCAAAUGAACGCAAGAAAUCUGCUGAGGUAUUCCGAAAGGAUCUCAUCAGUGCUAUGAAACUUCCAGAUUCUCACCACAUUAAUCCUGACAGUUAUUAUCUCUUUGCGGAUACUUGGAAGGAAGAAUGGGAAAAAGGAGUUCAAGUGCCAGCCAAUCCAGACACUCUUCCGCAACCCUCUCUCAGGGUUAUGUCAGAGAAGGUAAAGGAUGUUUUGUAUGUCCGACCCCGGAAGUAUAUUCAUUGUUCCACCCCAGAGACCGCAGAGCCUGGCUACAUCAACAUCAUGGAGUUGGCCGCAUCUGUGUGCCGUUAUGACCUCGAUGAUAUGGACAUCUUUUGGCUCCAGGAACUUAACGAAAUCCUUAUAGAAAUGGGUUGUAAUCGGGUGGAUGAAGAUCUUAUGGAGAAAACAAUAGAAGUUCUGGAACGCCAGUGCCAUGAAAACAUGAACCAUGCUAUUGAGACAGAAGAAGGACUAGGUAUAGAGUAUGAUGAAGAUGUCAUCUGUGAUGUUUGCCGCUCUCCAGAUAGUGAAGAAGGCAACGACAUGGUAUUCUGUGAUAAAUGUAACAUCUGUGUACAUCAGGCCUGUUAUGGCAUCCUCAAAGUCCCAGAGGGUAGCUGGUUAUGUCGUUCCUGUGUCAUGGGCAUUCAUCCACAAUGUCUGUUAUGUCCAAAGAAAGGUGGAGCCAUGAAGACUACCAGGACAGGUACCAAAUGGGCUCAUGUCAGCUGUGCCCUGUGGAUUCCAGAGGUUAGCAUUGCCUGUCCCGAAAGGAUGGAACCAAUCACAAAGAUCUCACACAUCCCACCCAGCCGUUGGGCAUUGGUUUGCAGUCUGUGCAAAGUGAAGACAGGAGCUUGUAUUCAAUGCUCAGUCAAGAGCUGUAUCACCGCAUUCCAUGUUACCUGUGCCUUUGAGCACAACCUAGAGAUGAAGACCAUCCUCGAUGAAGUAGAUGAAGUGAAAUUCAAGUCAUACUGCCUGAAGCACAGCCAAAAUAGGCAGAAACUUGGAGAGGCUGAAUAUGCCCUGCACAGGGCUACAGAGCAGAACCAGGCCAAAAAUGAAAAGACCAGCCUACGGGCACAAAAACUCCGAGAGCUGGAAGAAGAAUUCUACUCCCAUGUCCAUGUGGAAGAUGUAGCCAGAGAACUUGGACUGCCCGCUCUAGUUGUUGACUUUAUCUAUAACUACUGGAAACUGAAGCGAAAGAGUAACUUCAAUAAGCCAUUAUUUCCUCCAAAGGUGGAAGAAGAAAAUGGCCUGGUGCAACCGAAAGAGGAGAGUAUCCAUACUCGAAUGAGAAUGUUUAUGCAUCUACGGCAGGACCUAGAGAGGGUCCGAAAUCUAUGCUACAUGAUAAGCAGGCGAGAGAAGUUGAAAUUGUCCCAAACCAAAAUGCAGGAACAGAUCUUCAGCUUGCAGGUUCAGCUGAACAACCAGGAAAUUGCCGCAGGACUUCCAUUAACAAAUCCAGCAAAUCCAGUAGAAAAUACAUUGUUCAGUCCACCGCCAAGAAUAACCUUAAAGUUAAAAAUGCCCAAAUCAACCUCAGAAGAAAGCAAAAACAGCUCCGCUGAGCCUGAUUAUGGACUCCUUUCUCCUAGCAGUAGUUCCCCUGCCCAGAAUGUAAGGAGCAAACAGGAGUCACUAGAAAUAAAAAUGAAACCAUAUCCAAGGUAUCCACUUGAGAGUAAGAAUAACUGCCUGUUGGCUAGUCUAAGCCAUUCCAGGAGUGAAGCAAAGGAUGCUAGUCCUGCUUGGAGAACUGUAUCUCCAGAGUUCUAUCAUGAGCAGUCCCUGGGCAAACCUCUGGUCCUCCAGGCUGCCCUGCAUGGACAGUCUUCCAUUGGGAAUGGGAAAAGCCAGCCUACUUCCAAGUUUGCCAAAUCCAAUGGCCUGGAUGGGAGCUGGUCAGGAGACGUGAGCCAGAAAGACAACCCAAAAGAGAUGUUUGGUGACCGGGAGCCUGUGCUCAGCCCCCAGCUAGCCAGUCAGGGCAGUUUUCGAAAAUCUACUGUGGAUCAUUUUAGCAAGUCCUUUAAAGAGGCCACUAACCGGUGGGUGAGGAGCACAGAGGAGCUCCAGUGCUGUGUAAAGCCAACUAAGAAUGUGAGCCCCAAAGAGCAGCUUUGGGGUAAGCAGCUUGUCAGGAGGUCUGCAGGGAGAGCUCCGUAUCCAGAAAAUGAUGGCUAUUGCCCCGAUUUGGAGCUGAGUGAUUCUGAACCAGAAAGUGAUGGGAAUAAAGAGAAAGUCAGGGUAAGGAGAGAUAGCUCAGACAGGGAAAACCCACCCCAUGAUUCCAGGCGUGAAUGCCGUAGUAAAAGCAAACCGCAUCCCCUUUCCCACAGUUCAAUGCAGAGGUGAUUAAAAAAUGCCCAAGAAUAGCUCAGCCUUUGCCUUUGCCUCAUAUACCGGGGAAAACCCCAGAGCCAAAAGGAUUCUAGCAUAUGUUAGGAGAAAUUACAGUGAGAAGGAUGAAAAUUUGCCACAGUACAUUGACUUGCAGUUUCUGAAAUGAUUUCAAGUUUAGUUUUCACAAGCACACUAUAUGGACUGUAGACUGUCAGAAGGUCUUUUUUUUUUUUUUUUUUUUUUUUUUGCUAGAGGCUAUUGAGAACAGCUGAGCCCAGAGUAUUUGCUCAGUUAAUACUUAGGGACAUUGACAAGCGUAUGUAUUAGGCAUUCUUGCAUUGUUAGUGAAUUUGCAAGAGACCAUAAUUACCAGACACUAAAACGACUUACCUUUUGAAACUACGGCAUGUGACUCUCAGAGCUCCUGCCUGUAGGAAGUUUCUAAUUCCACUGGUAUCUGGAAACCCUCUGUAGGGAGAGACCAGGAACCAACAUCUCAGAUACUGUCAAACUCACUACCCUCUUCCUUUGCUCUACACAAGGUUGAGUUCCUAUCACAGUAUCGAAACUUACUGAGUCAAUACUCCUAAUGUUUGUAAGUGUCCAGUGCCUGUUCCUAUACUUGCUUGUUGGGGACGCACUUGUAACUAUUUCACCCAACUAACAAGCAUAAAAAGGCUUAACUUGUGGAUAGUGUUUACAAAAGUACAAAAGUACUACUUCUAAGGAAAAUGCUCUGAUUCUCUCAGUUUAAGACAUUUGCGAAGGAUCCCAGAGCCUUUCCCAAAGUGAGACCAUUUCUGGGGGAUUUGUACCAGGUCAGGGUUUUGUUGUUGUUGUUGUUGUUGUUGUUGUUGUUGUUGUUGUUUUCAAAUAAGUUUGACUUAAUAAGUUUGGCUGACAGUUUUUGUAUACCUGCUUUAAUGUUUAUAAAAUUUUUAUUGAGGUAUAAUUAAAAUAUAGUAAAAUGCACAGAGGUUAAGUAUUCUUACCUGCUUUAAUUUUGAAAAUAGAUUUUUUUAUUGUCAAACAGAAUUUGAAAGCAUGUGUUUAACACAUGAAUAUAAUUUAGCUUUGUACCAACUUUGAAUCCUUGGCAAUUUGCCAAACAAAAAGGCUGGAGCCAUUUUUUUUUCUCGGAAGUUGCUCAUACCCAGUUCCCAAACUAUCAGCAUUGAUUAAUAUUAGGGAGGAAGAGAAUAAUUAUAUUUGGGUAGGGAUACAACAUGUCUGCUUCCCAUUUAAAGAAGGGGAAAAUGUUACAGUUUUUAAAAUGUGAAGCUGACUACAACUCCCUGCUCUCGUUUCUUCUUAGCCUUAAAUCAAUAUUCUCUUUCUUCUAGUUUGGGAAAAGAAUAAGUUGGAGUUAUCAGACAAACAAAAAGGCCAUUUAGAUUAGAUUUUUUUUUAAGUUUGGUUAUCAGUGAAACAGCCCAGCUACAGUAGGCACCAGUCAAUAACAGCGGGGGGCCCACUCUUCUCCAUCAAGAUGGGGAACAAAGUAGUUCUCCCCUCCCAGCCUUUGUUCUUCUAACCUUGUUAAUGAGUUCCCUUGCUUUUGUUUCUACCCUCCUUUUCUGAAAACUUCUGUAUUUUGCCUCUACCGUGGCCAUAUCUUCACGUUUCUUCUGUGCCUGUCUCCAUGUAUGAACAUGCUACAUAGCAUGUGUGGUAGCCACCCCAUGUUUUGUUUGGAUGGAAACAGCUAUGGGUUAUCCAAAAUGAAGAAGGCAAUCUCUCUAUUUCUGCACUAGAUUUCUGUGCUUUCUCUUUGAGUUCAGUUAACACUGUUACAGUAGUAAAAGUUUAAUGGAGCUGUGUGGUGAAUCCCUUCUGUUACAGGCUAGUGCCGUAGCCUCCAUCCCUUCAUGCCUUUCAAUUCUGAGUGAGUGGGAGGAAAAGCAAACAUUGCAAAAAGUGCUUCAGCCAAAUUCCACGUGUAAAAUGCCAUUGGGAAGAGAGUAUUGACGAAAAUAAUUUCAGUCAGGGAAAUAUAGUUGUAAUAUUUUUACAGAAUUUUCCUAGGUAAAUGAAGGAGCCUUCAGUUGUAUACAUUUCAAUUGCCCCAAAAUGUAUUUGCUACAUUUUGCUGUUGUUUGAAGUAUUACCUCUUAACCUUCUUUGUUAUUUUUUUUCAUUUUGUCUUAUAUAGUCCAGUUUUCCAAGAACUCAGUCUUUUUUCAAAUGUCACCUUUUUACCAAUACUUUUUCAUUAAAUUAUGAAAACUGUUAA